AUGGGCAAGUCAAAUCUUGAACUGGUCGUUGAAUGCGAUAACUUCCCCUACUACGAGGACGAUCGCGCCGCUUACACGGAGAAUCUCAACAACUACCAUGCAUUCAAAGUAACUGGAUAUGAUGUAACACUCGGCUACAUCCUGAACUCAGUUGUGGAGAAGUUCUCCUGGUCAGAAAGCAGCUGGGCCAUCGACUCCGCCGCCCGCACCGUGACACUCGUAACCCCCGCGAACGCCGACCCCGCAUUCCGCAGCAAACUCGUCCACGAGACAAUCGUCGAAGCAGUAAAACAAGACAAGUUUGAGGUCCUCAAGAAAUGGCGAAACGAGAAAUACCCCGUCUACGGACCGGGUGGUGAAUUCCUCCUGGAAAUGGAGCGCUGCGCGUCCCCCCUGUUCGGCAUCGUUUCCUACGGCGCUCACAUGACCGGCUACGUGCACGACGAAUCCGGGUACAAGAUCUGGGUUCCUCGCCGCGCAAAGAACAAACAAACAUACCCAGGCUUGCUAGAUAAUACAGUUGCCGGAGGUAUGAGUACCGACGAAAACCCAUUCGAGUGCAUCGUCCGCGAAGCAAUGGAAGAAGCGUCACUGCCUGAAGCUGCCGUGCGCGCUGCAAUCGUUGCCUGUGGCUGUGUGACGUACUCGCACGUGCGUGAUGCGCGUGCUGGAGGUGAAACUGGUCUUAUUCAGCCUGAAGUCGAGUAUGUCUAUGAUCUCAAGCUGGACGCGGAGACCAUUCCGAAGCCCUGUGAUGGGGAAGUCGAGGAAUUUAUGCUGCUCUCUGUUCCUGAGAUCCAGCAGGCGUUGGCGAAUGGAGAGUUCAAGCCUAAUUGCGCGACUAUCAUGAUUGAUUUCUUUAUUCGGCAUGGUAUUCUGACGGCCGAGAAUGAGCCGGAUUUCUUGCGCAUUGUGGCGGGUUUGCAUCGUCGAUUAGAAUACCCACUGCGUUCCAUUGUGUGA